CAUGAUGCUGUUGGCGGCGACACUGUUGGCAUGUUUUAUUAAAUUAAUUUUAUUUAAAGUGAAAUAGUCUAUGACUUGAUAUAGAGAAUUGUUUGUCUUUUAAAGUAAUUAUAAUAACUGUUAUUCUAAUUGUGAUGGUGUGUGGAUAUGUUUACUAUUAUUUUCAUGAACUACCACACGAAGCAAAAUAAUUGAAUUGAGAAACAAUGUACUUAGGCUUAAUUAAUUUGGCAUACAAUGCCAGCCAAAACUGCCAAUAACAAAACAUUUCUUCCGGCUUGAGGAGAUAACUCUAAAAUAUUUAAUCCAGGCAUUGCUCUAAAUUAAAUACUUACAGCCGAUAUCUGUCAACUAAGACGAUACAAUGACAUCGCUAGAAGAAGAAACGAGCGAUAAAGCUACCAGGUUUAAAGAAAAACACUCACUUGACAGUGAUGAAGAAGAUGACAAUACGAAAUAUGAUGUUUUGGCUGAGGAUGACAUUGAAGGUUUGUUGUCGACGUCAAUUGAAAUUGACACUGUACAAUCAUGUAGAUACUUUGGUCAAAAAAUGUAAACAUUUUUUAAAAAUAAACCAAUGGCACAGUUGAAUAGAGCUAAUUUUAAACAUAAUUAUAACACCAAAAUCAUAUUUUUAGCUGUUGUAGUUUUAAAGUUAUGAAUUUUUAAAGUACGACUUGGUUUGUCAUUUUUUAACAUGGACUGCAUCUCCACAUUCUGUGACCUCAUUCCACUGAUCGCGUCAUGCGCAAUGACUAUAUAGUUUAUAUAAGGCAACGCAUUCCCUAUCACUAAAAUACUGUUUAGGGUCGACUUAUUUUAAACUUUCAACUUUGGCACAUGAAUAAUUAAUAAAAGCUUUCCCUGACCAAUGGUUUAAUAGCUUUUGCACACGGCAAACUCUUAUGAAUGAAACUCUGAGAUAGUACUACGACGUAGCCGUUAUGCAAGUGGCUGUGAAUGGUUGCCAAUGACAACGUGUUGCACAGGGAAAAUUCUGAUCAUUUAUAAUAUGGACUCUGCAGGGUUUUUAAAGCUCAAAUUAAAACAUUUCCAGUUUAAAUGUCUUCAAAAUGCAUUCUGAAACACAAAAUAUAAAAUAUUUUGAUGUAUAUAGUGGUAAUAAUUAAAUAUUUCCUAAGUAUCGGCAACUUCCGCCAUUAAAAAGGGGGCGUGGCCCACGCCAUGUCGAAAUUAGGCUGAGCCACCUUAUGGUGAUAUGGGUCACUGUGACAAGUGUAACAAACGUGAGACACGACCUACAUCAAUGAAACUUGGCACAGAUAUAGAUCAAUAUCUAAUGCUCAUACAGAUUUAAUAAAAAAGGACCUUAUCUUAUUAUUUCACAAAAAAUUUUGUAUGCGAAGAUGCCUUAUAUAUACCAAAGAUUUUCAAAAUAAAGGUCGAUUGAAAAAAGCAAAAUAGCUGGCUAGAAAUGUAGGCCAAGAUGUCUUCCAAAUUAUAAGGCCGGAAACGGAACUCAAAUAUAUGUGGAAAGAACUAAUUUAAUAAUAAAUAGACACACACAUCGGAAAAUUAAAAACUCGGAUUUUUCGGCGCCGACGCCCAUUUCCGAUACAAAAAAAAUAGUAGUCUCCCUUCUUUCAUCGAAGUAUCUAGUACAAUGUACAAUCAUAGUACAAUGACAAAUGAUAUGAAUCUGAUUAUUAUGAAUUAUUUAUGAUUCAAUAAUGGCCGAUCCUUACCGUACACCCUACAUCCUCAUCAAUAAAAAACCUAUCGUCAUCGUCUAUUUGUCGGCAUUAGUUUAUAAGACCUCUUAUGCAAAGACUUGAUGCCAUGACGUCGUUUAUUAAAGUUUCUGUAAAUAAGGGUUCGGUUAGUUUUAGGCUUUAGGGAUACGAAGUGUCUACACGUCCGGCGCGCCGGACGUGUAGUGCACAAGAUACACGUCCGGCGACUUGUCACGUGACCGCCGGACAUGGCCGGACGGCUAGUAGUUUUUAUAAUUCCAAACGAAGUACGAUUUAGUACAUCUUGUCUGGUCUUGUGGUAGAGUGGUUGCUUGACGAUAGGAAUGUUUGAGGAUCUAUACCGGGGAUAGGGUCGUUUUUUUUCUUCCCAUUUUAAUUAAAAUAUUUUGUAUAUAUUUAUAUUAUCAUGUUCCUCAGCAACAGUAGUUUCAUGAGAAGUUUUUAAAUAUUUUGUAGCAAUUGAAAUAAUUUAAAAUGAAAUCUUUAACUUUUAUUGGUUGCCACACUGGCCCCUAAUUUAUUUUAUGGAUUACUGGUACACAAAAAAUAACAAACUAAACAAAAAUGUUUACAAGCCACUUUCACUUAAGUUUCUUUUUCUAGUAUUUGCAUUCAAGAUACUCAGUACAUUACUUGGUAGAGAAAUAGAUUUUAAAAUUAACAAUAGUUUUGAAUUAUUCCCAGUCACGUGACAAGGCUGACCGACAAGAUAUCUCUCGCCACUUAGUUACGGCGGUCAUGUGACUUGGUCGCCGGACACAUAGUGCGGGAGAUAGACGUCCGGCGCGCCGGACGUGUAGACACUGCCUUAGGGAUACAUUUAGGGUUCAGGUUAGGCUUAGGCAUACAUUUAGUUAGGGUUAGUUUAGUGAAAGAAUUAACUGGUUGUGUCAACCAGGAUGGCGGCUGUGAGGAAAACAUGGCAUCCAUUCUUUGCAUUUACCGGAACAUUCAACUUACCAUUGCAGACUCAAAAAUAUUUGUCAAUACAAUAGUAAUAGGCAUAGGCCUAAUUUGUACUAGGUACUUAGGCUUGGGUAAAAUUUUCAAAAUGAAGUUAUAGCUUGCUAGAUAGGGCCUGAAAAAUGCGAUUCAUUGAUAACAAAUUUAUUUUCUAGGUCAAUUCUAAAGAAAGUUAUGAUUUUUUUGUGUAACUAUUAUUAUGGGAUAACUCAUGGAGAAUAUAGUAAAAUAUGAAAGUGGCUAAAAUAAAAACUGGGCAGAGAGUUGAGAGAGAUGUUAAAAAACAGCAGUACAUGGAUUCAGCAACGUACCCUACCAGAGUCCAAGGCAAUUCAAUAAAUUAUUGAAGUUAUGGUAAAAGAGCAGUUCAGGUGCAUAUAUUAUAAUUAAUAUUAUUUCUGAUCGAAUUUUUUAAUUUUGCCUGUAAACUUAUGUGAAUUAUUAAUUAAAAGUAUUUGUUCAAGUAAAAUCCAAUCUUAUUAUUGAAAUACAAUCUUGUUAUUGAAAUACAGCAACAAUUUAACUAAUUUUCUGAGAUAAAAAGAAAGUAAAUUUUCAAGAAUCUUUUGGGUUUACGGAGCCAUUGUGGUAAAUCAAGGAUAACUCUUCUGUGUUAAAAGAUAUGUUAUAAAAGUUGCCCAAUUGGAUGUAUCUUGAUUAAAAUAAAUGUUGUAUUUAUUUUUUAACUUAACUAGCCAAUAUACGUGACUUGCACGAGAUUACAUUUGGAAAAAAAUCUGCCACAGCCUUUCAAUUCACAUUGAUAUUUAGUGAAAUGUCGACAACAAAAAAACAACACUGCCAUAGUACAAAAAUAAAAUAGUUAAUUUGUCUCCUAUAAAAACUCAAAUAAUAACUUUUGUUAACCUUUCGUUCCCAAUGGGAUUCAAAUCCUGUUUUCCCAUGGCAUCCCGUUUCCCGGAGGGAUCAUGAUGGGAUCCUGAUCUCGUCAGGAUCCUGUAUUCUGGUGGGGUCCCAUUUCCUAGUGAGAUUCCAGCCCCGGUGAUCCUUUUGAAUCCCAAUACCAGUGGGAUCCUGAUACCAGUUGGUUCCCAAUCCCGGUGGUAUCCCGUUUUCUGGUGAGGUCCCUUUUCCUGAUGUGAUCCCAUUUUCCGAUAGGAUUCUAAUUAGCUCCCCGUUACCCAAUCCAUCCAUCCCUGUGGCGCUACAGCCCAUGUAGGGCUUUGGCCUGCCUCACUACUUCCUUCCACUCAGACCUAACUAAUGCCUUUCUUUUCCAUGCUUGGACUUUCAGCUGCUGUAGAUCUUUUUCUACAUCAUCUAUCCACCUAAGCCUAGGUCUGCCUUUGAGACUUUUUCCUCUGGGGUAUUGGUGAUGUACCCUCUUCGUUCCUCUGUCAUUUGGCAUUCUCUCUAGGUGUCCUGCCCAGCGUAGCCUGCCUAUUUUUAUUUCUGCCACUAUUGUAGGAUCCUGAUAAAGACUGUAUAAUUCCUGGUUGGUUCGUAUUCUCCAUCCAUAUUCAUCCUUUGUUGGCCCAUAUAUUUUCCUGAAAACUUUCCUCUCCCAUGUGUUUAAUAGGUUUUCUGCUGUUUUUGUUAGGGUCCAAGUUUCACUUGCAUAUGUUACAACUGGUCUGAUCACUGUUUUAUAAAUAUUUUUCUUUGUUUCUCUUGUAAUGUUUUUACUUUUGAGUAUUUUCUGACUACUGAAGUAUGCCCCGUUUCCGGCUGAUAUUCUUUCUUUUAUUUCUGUUAGUAAUUCGUUUCUUUCAUUUAACAAGGAUCCUAGGUAUUUGAAUUGAUUUACUUUUUCAAAAGUUUGGUUCUUCUUCUUUUUCUUAUAUUUGAGAGGCCCACUAUCAAUUUGUUGAUCAUUCUGGCUCCUGGUUUAAAUUCAGAGUUUGCCUUCUCUUAGAUGGGUUGCCGUCCAAGGCUAACGAGUCCCAUCCACCCAGGGUGCUUGGGAUGUUGGCUUUGGUGGGGAUUGAACUCCGAACCACCGGCUUUUUGGUUUGAGACAGUUUAGACCGCACGGUCUAAUUUUAAUUGUUGCAUCUGUUUGUUCCUCUCUUAUCAUGGUCAUGUAUUUUGUUUUUUGGUUGUUAACUUCCAGCCCUGCUUGUAAAGAUGCGUCUUCUAAUUCAAUAAAGGAUUUUGACAUGUCUUUUAUAAUUUUCCCUAGAAGUGCUAUGUCAUCAGCAUAUGCAAGAUACUGAAGUGGUUGGUUGUAGAGUGUGCCCGUUUGUUGUGGGUCUUGAGUUUCCCUCAGAAAGUAUCCUGUUAUAGUUCCUCGAGUGUCAAUGUGUAUGUUUUCUAAUAACUCUCUCCAAUGUUAGGUUAAAGAGCAUACAAGACAGUGAGUCUCCCUGUCUUAGGCCUCGUCUAAUAUGAAAUUCCCUUGAAUAUUCUCCUUGAAUCUUGAUUUUGCUUUUUGAGUUGUUUAGUGUUACAUGCCUUGUCAGUUUGUUGGGUAUCCCAAACUCCUGCAGAGUCUCAUAUAAAUAGCGACAACAGACGAGCUGUGGGAGAGGUUCAAGACUACAAUCACUGAUGCAGUGAAGAAAUUUAUACCACACCAAUUCACCAAACCUAGGAUAAAUCAGCCAUGGGUCACGGCUGAAAUCCGUAGGCUCAUCCACAGGAGAGACCGCCAAUACAAACGCAUGAAGAAAAAUGGCUCGAUGGAACUGAGAGAGGAGGUACUGAGACUCCGCCGAACCAUUCAACGCUUAUUGCGUAGAUCGUAUUGGAACUACAUGAACGGCAUCUUCUCAGAGGAAGACACCCCGACCAAAGAUGUCAAGAACAAGCGCUUCUGGAGCUAUGUGAAACACCAAAAGUCCUCAAACGCUGGAGUUUCCCCCUUGAGGUGGGAUGGCCAAUUGACAUCUGACCCAAAAGCACAGGCGGAGAUACUCAAUCAGCAGUUCCAGUCGGUCUUUGGUGACGGUAGAGAGUACUCUGAGACUGAGUUCCUUCUGAAAACCAAAAUGAUGAACAGAGCCUAUCCUAUCAUGGGAGAUAUCCAGAUAUCAGAACAAGGUGUGUUUGCCCUCCUCAAUACCAUUAAUCCUUACAAAGCAUGUGGUCCUGACCACAUUAAACCACGAGUGCUCAAAGAAUUAGCCAAAGAAAUCGCUCCUGCACUGACAAUCCUCUUCCAAUCGUCACUAUGCACAGGAAAUGUUCCAGCAGACUGGAGAACAGCGCAUGUCACUCCAAUUUACAAGAAAGGGGAGCAUUCCGACCCUGCCAACUAUCGUCCGAUAUCCCUCACUAGCGUCGUCUGCAAACUGUUGGAGCACAUAAUCGUAAGCUCUGUCAUGAAGCAUCUUGAAAGCCAAAAUAUACUCAAUGACUGUCAACAUGGCUUCCGAGUCAAUAGGUCAUGUGAGACCCAGCUUCUCGAAUUUGUAGAAGACUUGAUGACCAAUCUGGAGAACCACAAGCAGACUGACGUGCUAGUAAUGGACUUCGCAAAAGCAUUUGACCGGGUGAAUCAUAGUUUGCUUCUACACAAACUCCAGAUAUAUGGGAUUCAAGGCACCACUAAAACAUGGAUCUCUAGCUUCCUCAGCCACCGACGCCAAGCAGUAGUGGUGGGCGGUACAAGCUCCUCCUUUGUCAAUGUGAAGUCAGGGGUCCCCCAGGGAUCAGUCCUGGGCCCCUGUUUGUUCCUAGCAUACAUUAAUGACCUACCGGAGAAACUGACAUCACAGGCAAGACUGUUUGCAGAUGACACAGCAGUGUAUAGGACGAUCGCCAACAGAUCUGACCAGGACCAGCUACAACAGGAUCUCAAUCUGUUAGCUGAGUGGGAGAUGAGCUGGGACAUGGAAUUUCACCCUGCCAAGUGCCAGACACUAUCAAUCUCUAGAAGUUGUACUCCUCUACACUACCAAUACAAACUGCACGGCCAUAUUCUUGAGCAAGUUUCCUCCGUAAAGUACCUGGGUGUUACCAUUCAAAGAGAGGUCCGCUGGGACGAGCAUAUUAACAAUGUAUGUAACCAAGCAAACCAAGCCUUGGGGUUCUUAAGGCGAAAUCUAAAGAUUGGCAACUCCUGUGUGAAAGAAAGAGCAUAUAAAGCCUUUAUCCGUCCGAUUUUAGAUUAUGCAUCUUCAGUCUGGGACCCAUUUACCCAGAAGAGCAUUGACAGGUUGGAGGCGGUCCAGCGACGAGCAGCACGCUUUGUCCUAAACCGCUACAGGAAUACCUCUAGUGUUGGCAGCAUGCUAGAAACACUAGGCUGGUCACCAUUGGAGAAACGACGACGACAAUCCAGGCUCUCCAUGAUGUACAAGAUAAAUAAUGGGCUGGUCCACUGUUCCAGUAUUAAACAGAAACUCGUCCCUCUCCCCCAUAGACAGCGACGAGGCCAUGACAGGCAAUUCAGGCUCAUACCAGCAAGAAGCCAGUAUAGGAGCUGCUCAUUCCUGCCCAAGACAAUCAGGGACUGGAACCAUCUUUCAAAAGGAACGGUUGAGGCGACAACACUAGACACAUUUGUGUCUAUUGCCUCAAGCCUUCAAACCCCCAGUGCAUGAUUCCCUCACAAAGUGGCACUGGAAAUCUGUGAAAUUUCCUCAUCAACACCAGGAACAGAAACAUUGCAAAUCCCAUCUACAUGCAUAGGAGCCAAAAUGAUCAAUAAAUUGAUCGUGGGCCCUUAAGAUAUAGAAGAAGAAGAAGAAGAAUAGUUUCUUUUGAUGCUGUCAUAGGCCAUUUUAUAGUCAACAUAGAGUUGAUGUACUGGUAUAUUAAAUUCAUAGCAUUUCUCUAAUAGGCAUCUGAUGGUGAAAAUCUGAUCAGUCGUUGAUCUGUUAGGGCUGAAUCCGCAUUGGUAAUCACCUAGUAUUUCUUCAGUGUAAGGUUGUAUCUUUUGGCAAUAAGUUUUGUCAGUAUUUUUUAUGUAACAUUUAAUAGGGAGAUUCCUCUGUAGUUUGUGCACUGAAGUUUGGAGCCUUUCUUGUGUAUUGGGGUUAUUAAUGAUGUUUCCCAUUCUGUCUGGAUUUUCUCCUCUUGCCAAAUUUUAGUUAUAAGUUUAUGUAUCUGAUUGUGUAGUUCUUUUCCUCCAUAUUUAAUCUGUUGCAUCAACUAUUUGAAUUAUUUUUAAUCUUUGUCAUCCUGCAAUUUUGAACAAAGUGAUCCCACUACCUGCAAUAACGCUAAAUGAGUCCGUCUUAUUAUAUAUAAUCACUAGCCUUCACCCUCAUUUUACUCAGUGCAAAUCAGUCGACUUAAGGGCAUUGGCAUACGGAAAAAGGGGAGGGGUGCUCAAAUUUAGCAGACGUGUUUUUUCAUUUCUUUUCUUUUUAAAAUAGCUGCCAUCUUGCUUGCCAUGACACAUAUGGUGGCCAUUGGAAAUGAGUGGCGCACUGUCCAUAAAUUUACCAGUAUUUUUUCUGCCGAAGUAGAGGGCAUGCAUGACACCGCGAAAGAAUUUUUUUUUUUUUACUUUUUAGAAAAUUAUUCACAUUAGUAAUACUUCUCACCUCCUGCAACAUCAAGAAUAUAAGUAAAGCAAAUAGAAACUGUAACCUUUGUAAUAAUGCCAUCUUUGAGUUAUGCUUUCGCUUUUCUUAAUUAUAUGUAAUUACCAGUAACACCUGCCCUCAUUAGAUUAUCUAAAUGUUCACCUGUCAAAGCAUUCCAUUUUUUUUUCAUUUUUUUUUUUUUUUGGACUCUAUGUCGGUCAUUACAAAGAAUCCUACUUCACUGAUGCAGGGUGCUUCAAAAAAAUCAUGAUCAAAAUUUUUUUAAACAUUUUAUUGUUGUGAAAAUUCAUCAGAAGCAACAUAUGUCAUCCAGAAGUUAUUUAGCCACACAUUAUUAUGUUUCUUUAAAAAAAAAAGUACUUUCAAGAAUCGCUCCUACUGUCUGUGACAACAUCUCCCUGACUGGAGUUGUCUGUGACAACAUCUCCCUGACUGGAGCUGUCUGUGGCAACACCGCCCUGACUGGAGCUGUCUGUGACAACACCUCCCUGACUGGAGCUGUCUGUGACAACACUAGAGCACUGACUGACAACAAACAAACAGCUUGUAUCCUGCUUUCUGCUCAUUGAAUGUCUCAUACUCUGAUCUCUGAAUACCGGGUACUUGUCCCCAACAUCACAACAGUACAGGAUAAACACACACUCUCUCUUACCUGGCUAGACUACGUGUUUAAAUAACAUGUUACCCUAAAAGGUUCUCACUGCCAACUGCAGUCAUUUAAAUUUGACACCUUAGGUACCCAGCUCUCAUCUUGAUUACUCUGACCAGAAGACUUUCCUGUACAAAAUUAUCAAAGCGCAAUAGUUUAACUUGUGAUGCUCGCCUAUCUAUUUCAUCUAACUUUGUCCUGUUGGUCUGGCAAUGGUCAUUUUUACAAUGACCAAAUAGCUACACAUCAAGCUACUUUUGGUUUCUCCAUUCAUCUUUCUCAACACUGUUAGUAAUUAUAUCUGAUACCUCACGGCGCCUCCCCAGUACAAGCAACAGAAAGUAGGAGAAGAUAGUAUCCAAUUUUAUGUCACUCACGUUCUUAAAUGGUUGCUCUGCUAAUGUGCUUAACAUAAGUUGCUGCUACCUGUCAAGCCGUUCCACUCCUUAGCUUUUGUGACCUCCCCCUUUUCCAUGUUACUACUCUCACACGAUUUCCCAGCAAUACUAAAUCAAUGAAUUAGGGAACAACCGAAAAUUGCCCUGGCCAUUCCCCCCAGCAGAAUAACAAUAACCCUUUUUUUUUUUUUUUUUUUAAAUUGUUUCUUCCCAAAUACUCCCCAGCAGAAUAACAAUAACCUUUUUUUUUUUUUUUUUUUUAAAUUUUUUCUCCCCAAAUACUACUGUAUCUUUUUGACCACAGGCUUUUCAAGUUUUAUAAAAAUUUAAACCAUUUUAUGUUUUUUUUUACAAAUAAAUUUUUUUUUAUUUUUUUUUUUUUUUUUUUAAAUUGUGUCUCCCCAAAUACUACUGUAUCGUUAUGACCACAGGCAUUUCAAGUAUUAUAAUAAUUUAAAGCAUUUGAUGUUUUUAUUUACAAAUAAAUAUUUUUUUAGUUAUUUUGUAUUACAUUAUUACUAGAUCAACAUAUCGCAGUAUAUGUAGAGAUGGGAUUAUCCAUGAAACGCAGUAAUACACUAUAAGUUUCAUUUUGAACUAUGUACAAAUAAUACUCGGACUUGUACCCUAAUUUGGCAAAAAGUAGUCCUAAAAAACUCAGAUUCAGUACCCAGUGAAAAUGUCUAACCGGUUGUUCCCUAUAAUAAAGGUGGUUUGAAAAGAUCUCGCCCUAAAAUGUUUUAUUUUUACACACAUCAUCAAAAUUUCUCAAGCUGUGGUGGGAGAUUUAAAAUCAUCACGUGGGCCGCAGGCAAUCGUGGGUUGGACAGCACGUGACUAUAGACUAAGUAUAAAACUAGGCUUUAUUAAAAAAAUCUCACCUCAAGUCACUCAAUUUCAACUAACUUUUAUUUCACUCUUAAGUUCUUAUCUAAGCCUAAACUUAAAGGCAUUAUUAAGGCAUCUACUAAGCCUAAAAUUUAUUUACUAAAGGAAUAAUUAAAUUAUUAAUGUCAGUUUCAGCCAAAAGCCUAUUUGCUUAAUUUUUAGUUUAUGUCGUAUUCAUAAGAAAAUGUUUGUGAUUGGAUGAGUCUGUCUACCAUUUAUAAAAAAAAGCUUACUUAGUUCAAGUAGUUGGGUGUGUAACUACUGACUAGACAUUGUAGUGUCUAUUACCUUCUUUUAAAGUGGGUUAAAUUGAAAAUCAGUUUUGUGAUUUUUAUAUUAACUUAUUUUAUUUAGGUCAGGAGGAAGCAACUAUAGACUUUGAUGAAAACAUCCAAAUUACACCUUUCAACAUGCGGGAGGAAUUGGAGGAAGGUCACUUUGAUACUGAUGGGACCUACAUCUUUGAUAAAACCAAGGUUUCACUAACUUUAUUAGCAUAUAACUUGUUUAUUUAAACUCAGACUUAAGGCACCCAUCUACCAAAUCAACAUUCACUUAUUUACAUGUAAUAACACCACCACCACUUUCCUUUCCAUACACACACCUUGAUCAGCCAUACCAAAUUCUUACAAGAAUUACUUUCACUUAUCUCUAGCCUGCCACUGAAAGCCUAUUGCACCCCGCAAAUUAGCUCUUGGGAUGACACCUUGCAUAUCUGGUCAGGAUGCUCAUAACACUAUUUAUAUGAAACUUAUGUUUCUAGACCUGUCAGAUUGCCAUCUAGAAAAAAAAUCAUCCCCUGUCCUCAGUCAAGUUGCGUGAUCAAUAAGAGUUGUGAUUUAAGGAGACAGACACCACAUGUCACUAUUAACCAUACCUGUUUCUAAUUAUAAUUUAUAUUGUGUUAUUUGAAUAAUCAUAAAUCCUUCUUUAGUGUUAUGCAAUUUACAAAAAGCUUUGCAUAUUAAAAUGCAUAACAAAGAAAAGAGUUGUAAAAGACAGAUGAUAAGGGUCAUCAUUCAAGUGCAAAAUAAUCAAAUAAUUUGAUCUGCUUUUUUUUUAAGCAAUAGACGAAAAAUUUUGCUUUAAUUUCAGGAAAUUCAUGAUAACUGGAUUGACAACAUAGACUGGGUGAAAGUGAAACAUACUAAACCGGAAGAUGCCAACAAGAAACGUCCAUUUGAAGUAAGUAAAAAGGAUUUGACCAAUAUUUUCUUGACUGAAAUAGGGACAUGCAAAGGCAGUUAUAAAUUACAAGAGAGUUAACACUGUGGCAAUUAUAAUUAACUGCAUCACCUUUGCACUGUGGUUUUGAACCAGGGCGGUAAUUAUUUUCAUUGAGCCAGAGGGAGCUCUAUUGUUGUGGGCUGCUCUAAGUUCAGGGAAAUUUUGAAUUGUGGGGGGGGGGGGGGGAAGCAGCCAAAAUACAAUAAGUUCAUCUGUUUAUUCAAGAAAAAUAAUAUUUUUGGUGUAAUUUGAAAAAAAAAAAAAAUUUGUUUAAAAAUUAAAUUAUAAUUGAUAGCUGAAAUAUGUUGCAUUUCAUCAAAUAAAUACUGACUGUUUAGAUGUGUUAUCUAUUCAGUAAAGUUCAAAUUAUUAUUGAUAUAAAGUAGUAAUAUUUGGGUUCGAUAGUUUGUACCUUAACUUAACUGAUAAUUUUUUUUAAAUUUUGUACAUUAACUGAUUCAGUUAACUCACACAAAUGACUGGUGGAUUAUAGCUUGAUUUUAUUUUCACCUUUUUAUAUACCAAAGUUAUUUUUAAUGUGCUACUAGACUUUCAUUGAUAAAUUUGUUAAAAAAUAUCAAUUUUAGAUUUUAAAAUUUAAAAAAAAAAUUUAGUCCAUGCAUUGUGUUUAGGUUUUGUGCAUGAUGCGAUUUUUUUUCCCCGCCAUAUUGCCAAUCCUGUCAAACUUCACUGAGGGCUGGUAGCACAAAAUGGUGCAAAAAAUGCUCAACAUUUAUCUUCCGACUAUGUUGUUGAUUAUAUUUCAAGUCAAGAAGUAUUACUAGACAAAUAAAAUGAGAAGAAGACUUUUUGCCUGAUUGAAAGUUAGUAAUCAGAGGUAAGAUUUUUUUUAUUUGUUAUAAUGGGUAAAAAACUUUUGAAUUUUGUGGAAAUAGUGGGGGCGGGAAAAACUAUGUUCCCAUUGAUAUACUGUAACAGUGGACUUCAUAGACAUUGAAAAUAACUAUUUAAGCUUACAAAUAUUAAUUUUUUGUUCCAUUAUAUAAAAAUAAAAUAUACACAUGAAUUUAAUGUGUAUAUUUUAUUUUUAUUAUUUUUUUCAAAGUAGUUUGAAAUUUUAUCUGUUUAAAUUUAAUACACUAAGAAGAGGCAAAUGACCUCUACUUCUAUAAUUUUUUCUGGAGGAAAAAUUGCUUUUAAUUUGAUUUUUUGAAUUAUUUUUUGUUAUUGAAAAAUGAAUUUAAUUUUGAACAGAUUUGUUAAUUAGAAGAUCUAAGUCUGUAAAGUAAUGCUUAUAUUUUAUUAUAAUUUCACAGUAUCAAUGUGGUGGCUAGGACACUGGGCACCCAAUUCAUCAUGAUAUUGCUAUUCCUGCCUUCAGACCUGCACUACCAACUGAUACCAGUCUUAAGAUAGGAGGAGCACCCUACUAAUUUAACAUUUUUCAAAUUUAAUUUACAUCAAGGCUGGAGAUGCAUUGUAAAUGUACACAACCAUUGCAGCUGCAACUUUAGGGCAACUAAGCCAACUUGGUUUUAAAACUGGACAUUCCAGAUGAUGAAAAAAACUUUGGUCAUUCAUUGUACUACAAAUCUACUAUCCCCCAUUGUGUGAACUAUUACUGGACAAAAGGAGUUAAUUCACAAGAUUAUGGAAUUCAUAAACUGUUUUAAUUUAGGCCAAUAUACAGGCCUAUACAAGUAAGCUCAUAAAAGGUUAUACCGAGUAAACUGCAGAUAAGCAAGUACAGUUUAAUGUCUUCUGGACCCCAUGAAAAGGAGAUGUAUGCAAAUAUGGUCCCUCAAGAAACCCUAUUAACUAAUAAAGAGAGGGUAAGACAUAUUCAUAACAUAAUACUGGUACGGACCAACACAACAUAGAUUUUCUUUCUAUUUUAUAAACCUAAUAAAGAUUUGGCACAUUAUUUCUUGCACAUAAAUAAUUAUAGCAGCCUCAACAACAUGCUAAGUUAUGAUCAUCAAAUUGUUGUGAACAGGAACAUUAUUAGCAAAGUUGGCCACUACCUGAUUAAUUAUACUGAAGAAAUAAAACGAAUAAAGCUAUCAGAUCUUUUUAAUUAUUCAAGACAUACAUUUUGUUUUCUUAAAAUUAAAAAAAUUUUGCCAAAUCUUUAUUAGGUUUAUAAAAUAGAAAGAAAAUCUAGGACUUGAUGUGCUGCCUUUGUUAAAUAUAUGAGAUUACUUGGAAGACAGAUAUUACCAUAUUUCAUACCAGAUAGUUGUUUAUUUGAGCCCAAUGUGGUAAAAAAAAUUUUUUAAAAUAUGUUAACAAGAUAAAUCACCACUUACAUUAUUUGCUGAUAGUAAUUUUAUUUUUUUCAUGAAACAUGUGCCAUGUUAAAAUUGUUUUUUUAAUAAAAGAAAACAAAUAUUUAUCAAUGCAUUUUUAAAAGUGGCUUAAUUAAUGCCUGUGUUGGUAAAAUUGCUUGAAAUGUUUAUGUGUGCUGUAAAAAUGGAUACCAUUUGAUGGAUAUAAAAAAGAAUUAAAGUAGGUCUCAAAAAAAUGUUUUUUGGUUGGUUCUACUUGUUUGUGGUAUGAUGACAUUUGCUUUAAAAUUUCGUACACAUAGAAGCUCAAUCUUUCGGAUGGACAUCAAAACCAUUAUUAACAGUGAUCUGACAAUUGGUAUCAUAAUGGAUAGUUCAAUUCAGAAUCAAAUGAUAUAUAACAUGCCAUUACUGCUACGUUCUUCAUUGACCAACCAGCCAGAUUAUACAAGAUUGAGGGAGAAAAAAAUAGCAGAAAACCAAGAAUGAAUUUGAGUGUUAAGUGGAUCAGUAAUUUUUUACAGUUUAAUAUUGAUUUAAAAUUAGUUUGAAUUUUUAUCCUAGCCUGAAAUAAUAGGAAAAAGUUUUGGCACAUUUUAAUUGACAUUGGGCAUUUAAUUAUUGAAGUUGUUGCUCUGAGUGUAGCACAAAUUCCUAUUAUAGAAAUAACAUACUUUAAAAAAAAAUAAAAAAUUCUUGAAGUAGUUAGCUUGUCACACAUUUAAAAAUAAAAUGUUUUCUUGUGAAUGGUCAGUUUUAAAAUAAAUUUAUGUCCAAAGCCGGGAUCGCAAUUGGUGUGGAGCUCCAUAAAUAAUUUACAAAAUGGCAGAACAUUCAAAAUCGCUUAAUCAGAAUUAUGCUGCUUAUCUAUAAAGCGUCAUAAAGUUAAUUUAGCCCAGGUGGCACACUAUAUCUACCUGUCAGGGAAGAGAAACUUUUGUCUAAUUUAAAUUUAAGUCUAUAAAUAAAAAUCAAACAAAGGAAGGUGUUCCAUAAACUUAAAACUUGCUAAAAAUGUUUUCAAUUUGUUUUUGCAGUACAGUGAUAGUUCAGAUGAUGAUGAGGAUGAAGAGAAGAAGAAAGUCAGCACCAUUCAAACGUAUGAGGCUAUCCUGGGCAUGCUUCAGCAGGGGGAAACUGUAGCCAAAGCCAUUAGGAGGCUGGCCAAAAAUAAAGCCAAGAUCCCUUCAGCCAGUCAGAAAUGGAAGGUACAUUUACAUUUUUUUAUUAAAUUCUGUCAAGUUUUUAAAACAUGUUAGUUGCAAAGGAAGUGGAUUAUAAUUUAUAGUUAACAACUAUUUUGCUAUCUUUGGGUGUUACUGGCUUUAUUAAGAAUAAAUAAUUGGAUCUUAUUCAUCAAGUUCAUUAUAUUAAUCAGAUUUUGUGUGAUAUUAUUUAUGUUAAGAUAAGAUUCUUUAUUGAUCCAAAUAAAUUGAAAUGUUUUUCUUACAUUGUAGACAUUUAUUUUCAGCAUGUAAGUAAAUAAAUAUUUAAACCAAGACAACAUUUUACAAUUAUAACAAUUUAAACACAAGACUUCUAAAGGAUUUCUAUAGCAUAGGAAAUAAGCCAUCAAUGAACUCCUUUAGUGACAAUAAUGACUUAAUUAGUGAUCAUUUACAUUUGCUAACAGCUAUAGAGUAUAAAAUGUCUUAUAAAGUUGUUUACCAUGAUACCGAAAAAUGAUUAAUAUUUCAAAUAAAAAUUAUUUUUCUCUGUUGGCCUGAACUUACAAUAAAUACUGUUGUUUUAAAUAUAAAUGUACAACUCCCUAAGGCAAGAAUCUAACAAAUAAAUUUUAAUGUCCAUUUCUCUACCAGAACAAGAAAUUGAAAACUUCGGCCAAGUCCUCUGUUGAGGACCAAACAGCCAUAGACAGUGCUGUGGCGGAACAGAAAGACAUGUUCCGUUUAACAGAACUCUGUGACAAGUUGGUCCAGCAAGGUGUCCUUGAGAUCUAUGAAACCCCUUAUGAACAAGUGGCCUUCACCCUUAAACAGCUUAAAGAAAAAGAUAAGGUGAUUCAUGUUCAUUUGUGUCUGCAUUAAUUAAAAACUUCUUGCCGACGCGAUUAUUGUUUUGUUGUGUCCUUUCUUUCAGGUUUUCCCAUUACUUGUUUUUUACAUUUUCUUUAAAAAAAUUUAAAAAGAUUUCGCCACUACCUGUUUAUCACUGAAAUAUAAACUGUUACAAAUGUUAACAUCGGACAUUGCGUUAAAACAGUUUAUGGAUUAUAUCUAUCCUUCAGGUAAACCAGUUAACGCUACUGGGAGGGAUAUUCUGAAUAUCAGACAUACUGUUUGGUAUAAAUGUAGCCAUAUACACAUAUGGCACCCCCCAGGACAUAGAUUCCUACCUUUUUUUAUGUGUACCCAGGCAUGUUCCCUCCUUACACCUGUAAUCAUUCCAGCCCCCUUUAGUCCACAGAUACCUACCUUUUUUUAUCUGUACACAGACAAGUUCCCCCUCCCUUACAGUACACUUGUACACCCCUUCCACCACCCCCCCAUAUGACUAUUUAUUUUUUUAUGCAGACGUCAAGACUGACACUGGCAGAAUCAAUGAAAGAUGAUGCUGCCCUGGACAUGUUUGCUGAUGAUUUUGAUUCCAAAGAAGCUGAAAAAAUUAAAGUACCAGAAACAGACAACAUUCAAGACAAAGAGUUGACAGAGAAAAAGUUUGAUGAUUUUAAAGGUGCAGUGGAGAACCUUUUAUUAGUGUUUUGAUAUUAUUUAUUGUAUUUAAACAUCUAGAUUUAAUUUUCAAUUAAUUUUUUACAAUUUUGUCCCUGGGAGACAGAUUUUUAAACUGUAUUAUGUGCAGUGAAAAUAUUAAGAAAAAGGAUAAUAGUUAUAUAUUUUUUUAAAUGCAUAAAUAAAUUUCAUUAUUUUUUUCUGAUUCAAUCUCACUUUGAAAAAAGUAAUAUUUUUCACAAAUGACACGUUUCACUUCAUCUUUGUUGAUUUCACCAAAGGAAAUCCUCUUACCGAGAUAGGCGAUGGCUGGACAUUUAUAAUAUUCUUUUUAUAUUUUACAGAACCAAAUCCACCUUCAUCAUCUCGAGACUCCAAAACACAGAAUGCAACAGAGGAAGAAACAUCAGGUGUGAUGUGGGAAUACAAAUCAGAAUUCACAGAGGAAUCAGAGAUUAAAGGCCCAUUCACGACAUCUCAGAUGAUAACCUGGGCAGAGGAUGGUACAUUUGGGAAGGGAGUGUUCUGCCGCAAGUACAAAUCAAAUGGGCAGUUCUAUAAUUCUGCAAGAAUGGAUUUUGAGCUGUAUGAGUAAAUUGUGAUAGGGCAUGUGCGUGGACAGUGUACUUUUUUCCCCAGAUAAAAUAAUGGUAGAUGGUAAUCAGUGGAUGUUUGUGGGUUAAGUUUUGGUAUCAGUGGAUGUAUGUGGGUUAAGUUUUAAAAGACGAUGAAUGAUACCACUUUCAGUUCAAAGUUUAAGCUUAUAUUGAACGCUGACAUUGACGGGCAGUUGGACGGUUCAAAUCUUUCAGCCUCUUGUUUUGGUAGUUAUCCAGUUGAUAUAUAGAAUUGAUAUUUGGUAUAUUUAAAAUAAUAUACAGUUUGCAGGAUCUUCAAUUUACUUAUUAAGCAGUCUUUUAAAUAAAUUUCAUUAUUACAUUUCUCGCUCAAAAUAUGCUGUCUCAGAGGAGGUGCCUAAAGUGAACAUUACAUUUUUAACGUGGCUUCCAUGAAUUUUUUAAAAAAGAGAUAACGAAAAUGAAUCAUUAAUUAAUAUAGAGAUUGACGUUCUCUAUUCAUUUCAGCAUCAACUAUGAAUUAAACCUUUGAAAAUAUACUCUCAUGAUUGUGUCAGUACACAUAAAAGCUUGUACCAAAGGACUUAUAUUUCAGCCAGCCAUUGAAUAGCAUGAUUGUGUCAGUACAAAUGAAAGCUUGUAACAAAGGACUUAUAUUUCAGCCAGCCAUUGAAUAGGCAAAAAAACAAAUUUCUUUUCUCUCUAAUACCUUGUUUUAGGCUGAGCCAUUCAUAAAAAGUUACAAUAUAGUAUCAUUUUUUAAAAAUUCUCUCCCCCAUUCUACUUUAGGAAUUAAUACCUCACAGAGUCUUGAUUAAAUCUUUAAGCUUUAAUUGUGCUCUUCUUAUCAUUCACUUUUACUUGAAGUUAGUUUAAUUUCAUCUUUGGUUGUUUUUUAUUUUACAGAUCAUGAAGCGCAGUUUGCUAAAAUUUGCAUAAUAAUUACUUGUUACAAUUUUUAUCCCAGCAUAGUUAACAACUGAACUAAGAUCUUGCACUUUGUAACCAAUAAAAGCUUUCAGGCUAAUUGUGAAUGAAAGUUGUCAUGAAAUGUGUCUGCUAGAUGACACUUGCAAAAUUAAAUAACUGUCCAUGUUUCAUUGACCCCCUUUCUCCCAUGUUGCAAUCUUUUUUUGGAGACCCCCUUUAUGAUAAAACAUGAUUUAUCAUAAUGUAAAUAUUCAUUUUAUGUUAUAAAAUUACUUAUGAAUUUUAAAUGCAUUUACUUGACUCUGUAAGGUGAUUUUCAUUUUUUAAAUAGAUUGUAUUUUAAAAAACAAUUCAGUAUUUUAGGAUAUAGCAGGGUUAUCAAAACAAUUAGGAUGACCAAAGAUUACAGUGUGGACCGCUGGAUGUAUCGUGAAAAGAGUAUUUGAAACUGGUGGGAUAGUCUACUGUUCUUCCAUUUCACACAUUGGAUCUGUUCAUACUUAUUAUAGACUUUAUGCAGUGCAUUGAUGGUAAACUAAAAAAUUUGUAUAUAUUUAGAACCUGAGGUACUGAAUGACCUUUGAAUAGAAAUUACAAUGUAUUCCUUGGAAUCACUGCCAUUUAAGAAUUCUUUAUUUUAAAGACAAAAAAGUUUGGCAUGACCGCUACUUUUCAUGGAACUGUACAACACAGAUGUGAAGUGAAAAAAGAAUUUUUUUUUUUUUAACCAUGUCUUUAGGGUGCAUGAUGAAAUGCACAAUUGUUGAAAAAAGAAUAUCAUUUUAAUAAUUGUUAAAAUUGUGUAUGUUUUGUCAAUAAAAUUAU